CUGCUCCGUCUCGGCGCGACGACGGACACGUGUGACCAGGCUGGCCGCUACCCCAUUCACCUCGCCGCCGUUAGACCUACCACGGCCAACUUUGCCGUCCUGCGUGACGCCAACGCCAAUCUCUACGCACGUGACAACGCCGGUCGCACGCUGGUGCAUUUCGCCAUCGUGAGUGGGAAUCUGCAUCUGCUCCGUUGUGUGCUGCAGGCCACCAAUGGCCUACUCCAUGCACCCGAUGCCGACGGCUGGACUCCGCUGCACUACGCCGCCAGAGGCACCUACUAC